AUGCUCGAGUCACUCUCGGACAAGAACAAGCACAUCGCCAUCGGAGCUGCGCUCGGCAUCUUCUUCACCCUCUCCACCACCGCAGUCGUCCUCGCCACCCGGGGAUCUCUCAACAACCACUCUGCACAUCGACGCAAUUCACACAGCGUGGGAAAACAAGGCCGGCGGCGGUCCUCAAUCGGUGAAAGCAUCAGCAAACAGAUCGCACUUCCCAAGGCCGAAAAGAACAGCCAGAUCAGCGAUGGUGUUGCUGGGCUUAUUGGCAAUACACCCAUGAUGCGGAUCAAAUCUUUGAGUGAUGCAACUGGCUGUGAGAUCUUGGCUAAAGCAGAGUUCUUGAAUCCAGGAGGAAGUACCAAGGAUCGAGUCGCACUCAGCAUGAUCAACACUGCCGAAAAAGAACACAUUCUGACUCCAGGAAACGGAUCAACCAUCUUUGAAGGAACUGUCGGCUCGACUGGAAUCUCGCUAGCAAUGAUGGCCAAGGCACGCGGAUACAAUGCCUGGAUCGUCAUGCCCGACGAUGUUGCACUGGAGAAAUCUCAAUUACUCGAGAAGUUGGGCGCACAUGUGGAAAAGGUUCGGCCUGUCAGCAUUGUCGACAAGAACCAGUUUGUCAACCUGGCCAAGCGUCGUGCUCAAGAGUUUGGCAAGGACGAUACUACCAGCAACGGCGGUGAUGAGUCGUCAUCAGACGGCAGCCACAAGACUGGAUUCUUUGCGGACCAAUUCGAGAACCUGGCCAACUUUAAUGCUCAUUUUACAACCACUGGACCUGAGAUCUACAGACAGACCCAAGGAAACGUCGAUGCUAUUGUCAUGGGUGCUGGAACUGGUGGAACGCUCGCUGGUGUGACAAAGUACCUAAAGGCACUUCUCCCUGAUCUCAGGACAUACCUUGUCGACCCCCAAGGAUCAGGACUGUUCAACAAGGUCAAAUACAACAUCAUGUACUCGCCCACAGAGAAGGAGGGCAAGAGGAAGCGUCACCAAGUCGACACUGUUGUGGAGGGUGUGGGUAUCAACCGCUUGACCCGCAACUUCGCCAUGUCGGAAGGAUUCAUUGACGAUGCUAUUCGUGUGACAGAUCAGGAAGCUGUCGACAUGGCAAGGUACCUUGUGAGCCAGGAGGGCUUGUUUAUUGGAUCUUCAUCGGCCGUCAACUGUGUCGGAGCAGUCAGGAUUGCACGCGAGCUUGGCCCGGGUCAUACUAUCGUCACUUUGCUCUGUGACUCUGGUCAUCGCCACUUGACCAAGUUCUGGAAUGACGAAUACCUCGCCAAGCAGGGACUCGUUGUCAAGGAUGUUGUAGAUAACCUGGAUUUCAUUGUAUAG